AUGGACUCGCCGCUCGCCACACAGCUCUUCCGCCAGCUUUUCUCGCACCGAGCAGCGCAAUGUGUUGGCCGCGGAGCUCGACCGGCGCUCACGAGCGCGCGCGUUCCCCAGCUUCAGCGCCGGGGGAAGGCCACACGACUGGGUGAGGGCGAGACGAGCAGGGAGAGCCGAUGGACACCGAGGAAGAAGGCAUUCCCGCAGGAGCGGACAGAGGAGUUUGACAGAUACCCCAUGGUCACAUCGGACAUGCUGCGCAGCAGGAAAGAGAGACCGCGGAGAGUGAAGAUGUUGAUGCGCGACUUCAUCGAAGACAGCCUAUACAAUCCAAGCUAUGGCUACUUCUCGAAGCAAGUCGUCAUCUUCUCGCCAGGCGAUCCCUUCAACUUCAACGGAAUGAAGUCGGAACACGAGUUCUUCCAGCAGCUACGGCACCGCUACACCGACUUCGAGGAUGCGCUCGACAUGCAAGAACCCAACGAGCUCCGUCAGCUCUGGCACACCCCGACCGAGCUGUUCUCGCCGUACUACGGAGAGGCACUUGCGCGAUACCUGGUGGAGGACUACAAAUACAACUUCUUCCCUUACCAGGACCUCAUCAUCUACGAGAUGGGCGCAGGAAACGGAACCAUGAUGCUGAACAUCCUCGACUACAUUCGUGACGUGCACCCAGACGUAUACGAGCGCACAAAGUACCGCAUCAUCGAAAUCUCAAGUCAACUAGCGGACCUGCAACAGAAAGGGCUGGGACACUCUGCCUACGCGCGAGGCCACUCCGACAAAGUCGAGAUUGUCAAUCGCUCCAUCUUCGACUGGAACCAAUACGUCUCCUCGCCCUGCUAUUUCCUCGCACUCGAGGUCUUUGACAACUUUGCCCACGACGCACUGAAAUACGACAGCGAGACCGGAUCGCCGUAUCAAUCGCAUGUUGUCGUCGACCCGCGCGGCGAGCUUUUCGAAUACUACUCCCGCACCCUCGACCCUGUAGCUACGCAAUUCCUUGCACGGAGACACGCAGCGUGUGAGACAUAUCCGCACCCACUCCAGGGUUCACGCUUGAUGCAGAGUCUGAGGAGCUUGGUCCCGUUCCGCACGAACCUCAGCCAGCCGGAGUACAUUCCCACACGGCUAAUGCAGUUUUUCCACAUCCUCGCCUCCAAGUUCCCCAACCACAAACUCAUCAGCUCCGACUUCAACAAGCUGGGCGAGGCAGUUGAGGGCAUCAACGCACCCGUCGUGCAGACGAGGUACAAGAGGCAGAUGAUUCCUGUCUCUACACCUCUGGUCCACCAGGGCUACUUUGACAUCCUCUUCCCCACCGAUUUUGAAGUCAUGGAGCCCAUGUACACCGCCAUCACGGGCAAGUUUGCGCGCACAUACACCCACGAGGACUUCAUGGCGGGCAGGGCGGACAUCGCGGAGACGAGCACGAAGAAUGGGGACAAUCCGCUCGUCAGCUGGUACAAGAACGCGAGUGUCAUGAUUACCAUGUAG